CAUAACCCCAGACUGACAUUUGCUUGAGGUCAAGGGCCCUUCUUUUUUGCAUCGUGAAAGUCAUACACGAACAAAUUAUUGCAUUGUUAUACGUAAGCGGUCACGGAAUCUGAACACCACCCAAAGCCGAAAUCAACCUCCAACUCGGUAAAACCCUCGCACAUAACCAGCAACAAUAUUUCGCUCAGUACGCGCGAGUCUUAACCAGCAGAGCUAUCGCUGCCCUUUGACCGUCUCCAGUAGCAACUCCACAGACUUCGCACACGCUCCUGCCUCGGCCGUCGAUGCCCAUGUUUUUCCGUCGCGAACCCUGACCGACGCCACCCCUACAUCGCUCAGCGAUGGGCAACGCACAGGGCCGGUCCGCGGCCGGCCCGGUCAGUCCUGUGGAGGCCGCUUAUGCGUCGGCCCAGGAGAUGCUGGCGCGCAACCGGGGGGUGCUGUUCGAGGACCGCUACACGGCCGUGCGCCUGCUGGGUCGGGGCUCGUACGCCGAGGUUGUGGAGUGCGUGCCAAAGCCACCUGCACAGGCGCCGUCCACGUCACCAGGGCUAGCAGCAGCACUAGCAGCAGCAGCCGGUGGCGGCGGCGGCCCGGCGCAGCAGCUCCCGCCACAGCAGUCGCCUCAGCGCUAUGCUGCUAAGAUCAUCGACCGCGGCAGCGUCAAGCGCGAGGACGUGGAGCGGGAGCUGGCGGUGUUGCUGCUGCUGGCCGACCACCCCGCCUGCCUGGCGCUGCACCAGGUGUUUGAGGAGCCGCCGGGGGCGGGCGGCACGCGGGGGCCCGGCCGCUGGGUGCUGGUCACGGAGCUGUGCGCGGGCGGGCGGCUGUUUGACAGGCUGGAGGCGGAGGGUGCGUUCCCCGAGGCCCGCGCCGCCGGCGUGCUGCGCUCGCUGCUGCGCUUCCUGGCCUACGCGCACGAGGAGGCGGGCGGCGGCGAGCUGGUGGACCCCGUGGCCUGGGGGGCCGCUGCAGGGGGCGCUGCAGGGGUGGCCUGGGGGGCAGGGGGCGCUGCAGGGGCCGCUGCAGGGGGCACAGUGGGCGCAGGAGGAGGAGGAGGAGGCAAGCCCGGUGCCGCGGCACGGCUGGUGUGGACGGGCGGCUGCGGUGGCGGGCAGGAGAGGGCAGCGGCUGCGACAGCAGUCGCGGCAGCGGGUAGGCAGAGCGGCGGCGGCGGCGGCGGAGGCUCUGCGGCAGGGCCCGCCACCAGGUACGGGCCAGUGGCGGCUGGGCUAGCGGCAGUCACACAUGGAGCGGGCCAGGUCAGCGACAGUAGCGGCGUGGGCUCCAGCAACAGCGACAGCAUCCGGGCGGCUUCAGUCCCAGCUCCUGGCCUGAGCCCGCAGUCACCACCAGCCCCACCACCACCAGCCCAGCCGCCGGCCCAGCUGCCCCUGCCACCGCCUCUGCCCUCUCCCCCGCUGCUGCUGCCCCUGGGGGUGGUGCACCGCGACCUAAAGCUGGAGAACCUGCUGCUGAGCGCGGAACGGGAGGAGAUGGCCAUGAUCAAGGUCAUUGACAUGGGCUGUAGCACCUUCCUCCCCUUCUACGACCGCGCGGCGUCACCAGCGGCAGUAGCAGCUCACCAAGUGGCAUCUGGGGAGGAGCCAGCAGCAGUAGCAGCAGUGGCAGCAGCAGCGGCAGCGACAGCGGCAGCGACAGCGACAGCGGCAGUAGCAGGUGGGGAUGAGGGGGAAGCGCCUCGGCAGCAGCAUAGCGCUCAGUCAGGGUCGGCGAGCUCACUGAAAGCGGUCAUGGGCUCGAACGCGGAGGCGGCUGUGGAGGCAGCGGCAGCUGCUGCUGUUGCGGCGGUGUCAGUGACCAAGGCGCAGGCGGCGUCAAGUGGCGGUGGGCAGCACACGGAGGCGCGAAGCGCGCCCGCGCAACCACCCAAACACCACCAACACCAACAACAGCACCCACACCAACACGAGCACCACCAGCACCAGCACCAGCAGCCCCAGCAGGCCCCCCACGGAGGGCCGCGGCGGCCGCUGCUCACCGACAGGCUGGGCAGCCCGCACUACAUAGCGCCCGAGGUCCUGUCCGGCUGCGGCUACGACCACGCCGCGGACGUGUGGAGCGCAGGGGUGGUCGCAUUCGCGCUGUUGAGCGGCCGCAUGCCCUUCGGGGCGGGCAGGGGCGGAGGCGGAGGCGGAGGCGGAGGAGAGGAGGCGGUGCUGCGCCGCGUGCGGGAAGGCACCAUUGACCUGUCCGGCCCCGCCUGGGCCCGUGUGAGCCCCGCCGCCCGGCGGGUGGUGGCCGCCAUGCUGACGCGCGACCCCGCCCAGCGGCCCAGUGCGCGGCAGCUGCUGCGUCAGCACGACUGGUUCUACGAGGCCGCUGCUGCGGCGGGGGUUAAAGAGGAGGAGGGGACGGAGGCGGGAGCGGAGGAGGGGGCGGAGGAGCGGACGGAGCUGAGGGCGGAGGCGGGGGCGGAGGAGGAGGCGACGAAGGGGACGGAGGAGGAGGCGACGAAGGGGACGGCAGCGCAGGUGGAGGGGCAAGCGGGGUUAGAGGGUGGGGAGUGUGGUGGUUAGCCUGUGCGUAGGGCUGGGAGGCGGACGGACCGAGUGGUGAAGGCCCUGUAUAUGAGUAUGAGACACACACAACCGGAGUGUGAGGACGCGCCGCGGGUUGGCAUGGGGGGUCGCGCGCCCUAUGGACCGAGUGAGUAGAGCAAACGGUUUGCUGGCUUGAAGUAAUGACUUGUGCAGACAAGAGAGGACAGGAGGCAGGUAGUGAAGCCGUGGUAAAAGAGGAAGUUGGCCGGCUGCUGACAGUGGAGAUUGGUAUGGUGGGCGCAGCUCGGCAGCUGGGCUAGGGGGGGGGGGUUACAAUCGUGAUUGUUUCAGAAGUGACGACGUA